UUACGCUAUCUAGCGGUAAAACGGUGAAUGUAACGUUGCGUGAUGUCACCACGUAAUACGCUUCCGUAUAAUGUGUACGGAAGCAUUAGUGUCGCACUCUACGGCUUCUUCUGCCGGCUACGACUGACAUCUCAUAGUUACUCUGCUGGAAUAAUGUCUGGCGUUUUGGUUUCUGUUGCAGUCGAGAUAAGAGCUCCCACGGUAUGACAGUGUUAUGAUUCUUCUUCGUAGAAAGUAGCGGACACCUCAUCAACUACACACCAAAGUUUCACCGAGCCAGAGGAAGCCCAAAAUGAGUUCUCAGGAUAUACUGCAAAGUGUGUCCACUUUAGCAUCGUAUAAUGUGUUACUACAGGUGAUGUUCCGUGUGCUCACCUUCCUCCUGAAUGCCUUCACGCUGCGGUUUGUGUCCAAAGAGCUGAUUGGGGUUGUCAAUGUCAGGCUUACACUACUGUAUUCCACAUUAGUGUUUUUGUCCAGAGAGGCUUUCCGGAGGGCCUGUCUGAGCGGGGAAUCGGGUAAAAACCACAGCUGGAGACAAGUUAUCAAUCUCCUAUGGAUGACGGUGCCCCUUAGUGUGUUAUGGGCAGUCCUGCUGGUCUCUGUGUGGCUGUGGCUCCUGGAAGUCCCAGAUGCUCAGGCUGUCCCUUACUACAGCCCUGCUGUGAUGCUGUUUGCCUUAUCAGGAGUGCAGGAGCUCCUGGUUGAACCCUUGUGGGUCUUGGCUCAGGCUCACAUGUUUGUCCGGCUGAAAGUAGUCGCGGAGAGCUUAGCAAUGAUUGCAAAGUGCAGCAUAACUGUGAUUCUGGUGGUGUUUGCCCGUGAAUGGGGCCUUUACAUCUUCUCUGCUGCUCAUUUGGUGUACACAGGGUUCCUGGUGCUAUGCUACGCUGCUUACUUCAUUCGUUUCUUGGGUUCUAAAGAGGCAGCCAGGAAGAGUUUCCCGUUGCGCCGUGUUGGUGAUUUGCUGCCCCGUAGAGAGUAUGGAGAGCCACUAGUUGACAGGACUCUAGCCCGGCUCACAUGGAGCUUCUUCAAGCAGUCCUUCCUGAAGCAGAUUCUGACGGAGGGUGAGCGGUACGUCAUGACCUUUUUGAACGUCCUCAGCUUUGGAGACCAGGGUGUUUAUGAUAUCGUCAAUAAUCUGGGCUCCAUGGUUGCGCGCUUCAUCUUCUUGCCAAUUGAAGAAAGCUUCUACAUAUUCUUUGCCAAAGUGCUGGAGAGAGGGCGUGAUGUCAGAAAUCAGAAACAGGAUGAAGUUGCCAUUGCAGCAGAGGUCCUGGAGUGCCUGCUGAAACUGGUGCUGGUGAUCGGUCUGAUUAUCACAGUGUUUGGCUAUGCCUACUCUCACCUGGCUCUGGAUAUUUAUGGCGGCUCGCUGCUUAGUAGUGGGUCAGGGCCCAGCUUGCUGCGGUGUUACAGCUGCUAUGUCCUCCUGCUUGCUGUAAACGGUGUAACAGAGUGCUUUGUUUUUGCUGCCAUGAGCCAAGAAGAGGUUGACAAGUAUAACUUCAUCAUGCUGGCUCUUUCUGUCUCCUUCCUCUUCCUGUCAUACAUACUGACAUGGUGGGCUGGCAGCGUUGGCUUCAUACUGGCAAACUGCCUUAAUAUGGGCCUCCGGAUCUUACACAGCCUGCUUUACAUACACCAUUAUUUCCAGCGGAGUCAGUGGAAACCUCUGCGAGGCCUGUUGCCCUCCCCUCUUAUACUGCUGGCACUGGGCAUCAGUGGAAUUGUCACGGCAGUUUCUGAGGCUUUUUUCUGCUGCAACAGCGGCUGGUUGCUGAGGCUGGUCCACAUCUGUGUGGGAACAAUAUGUCUGCUUGGUGUGCUUGUAGCUGUUCUUCUCACAGAGACUGAGCUUGUUCAAUUUGUGAGGACACGGCUAUUGCCUCGAUACAGAAAGAAACACACUUAAAUUAGACAUAAAUUUGUUACACCUGACUAGAAGAAAAUGUCUAUUUCCACUACAAACUGAGUGACCAUUACUGAGUAAGUGAAAGCUGGGGAACAACUUUUUCUUUAAAAGGACAUCACAUGUGUUAUGAGUGUGUGUGAAUCUGUGUGUUUUAUGUACAAAUAUAAAGAAAUGUUUUGACUGUUUCAGGAUCUAAUUUUUGGUUUAAACAAAAAGGUGUCUGUAUUUUAAUAAAACUUUUUAUUAUUGUUCUAAACAAAGCAUGGCCACUGCAUUUAUAUCUAUGAUACUUUUCCAGGUUGCAGUCUGAGAGUGAAGU